AUGAAGCUCUUCGCUACCUUCGCUACAGUCCUUGGUCUAGCUGGUCUAGUCCAGGCUCACAUGGAGAUGACUUACCCUCCACCUUUCAAGAGCAAGAAAAACCCCUACGCCAAUGGGGAUAUCGACUACAGUAUGACCUCUCCUCUCUCACCCAGUGGAGCCAACUUCCCUUGCAAGGGAUACAACUCUCUUUUUGGCACCGCGGCUGGUGCCUCUACCGCUACUUGGACAGCCGGAAAGUCUUACAACAUUGAAAUCCAAGGCGGCGCAGACCACGCUGGCGGAAGUUGCCAGGCCUCACUCUCCUUCGACCGUGGAAGCACAUGGAUCGCCAUCCAGUCCUGGAUCGGCAACUGUCCCAUUGCACCUUUGUCUACGUUUAAAUUCACUCUUCCUAUUGAUACGCCCGCAGGCAACGCUCUUUUCGCCUGGACAUGGUUCAACAAGAUCGGUAACCGCGAAAUGUAUAUGAACUGCGCAACUAUCACCGUCAAAGCCCGAAGCGGCACCCCCAAGACACCCAUGAGUAAGCGCCCUGCCAUGUUCGUCGCCAACGUCGGGAACGGAUGCGGCACAAGGGAGGGCGUUGAUCUCAUGUUUCCCAACCCUGGCCCCGACGUCUCUUUGGGCUCGAGCAACACUGGUCCGCCGGUCGGUCAGUGCCCAGCUGGUUCUGGUGCCGCUGUCCCACCUAAGCAGACUAGCAUUACCAAGGCUCCUACCAAGACCACUAAAGCGCCUGGCGGCGUAUUUAUUACUGUCCCUACUCCUAGUACCACCAAGAAGACUACUCUGAAGUCUACAACUCGCACAACUACGACAAUCAUUCCUCCUGCACCGACUAAGCCUGCGCGCGGCUUGAUCACUCCCGGGACCCCGUGUACACCUGAAGGGUAUUGGAACUGCGUCAAAUCCGGUACAGCCUUUCAACGAUGUGCUUCUGGUGUAUGGUCUGUCAGUAUGGCUGUCGCACCCGGUACAAGAUGUGUUCCAGGACAGAGUAUGGAAUUCACGAUUGAGUAUGCAUGA